AUGGCAACAGCAGUCUUAUUCGCGACGCUGUUGGUGAUGCUACCUUCUAUGCGCUGCUAAAGCACGUGUCGGUAAAGUGUGAAUUAUUUCUGACGAAACGGGUCGUAUUUGUGUAGUGUAGUGUUGGUUUAUAAACGAUCUCUCAAUGAAUUUUCUAAGUUUCGGUGUAGGAUUUAAGAAAAAACAACUGUGAUUUUUGUUCUGAAGGGCUUAUUUGUCUAGCAAAGAUGGUUUCGAAAGCUACAUGUAAGCCGCAGAUUCAGCCAAAUCACAGCAACAACAAAGGCAUUGAACAACCAAGAUGGUCAAGUCCUUCGAUUAGUCCAUCACCACCACCUCCUCCACCACCAAUACCUCGACCAGUGAGUGCGAGGUGGGCUAGAGCUGAACAAAACAGUGCCGAUUCAUGUCCACAUUGUCGGGGACGAUUAGCGUCACUACCGACCAGAACUACCUCACUUAGUAGCUACUCAGGGUGUAAAGAACGAAGUGCCCCUCGUCCUCCAGAUGAUGAAGAUUCGUUUCCAGUUAUUUGUGAACGUGAACUGCAUUCUUUGCACAGGAAUAUUCCUGCUCUCAGACGAAGGGAUGUUGAUACAGCCACUAUUAAACAACACUACUACCCAGAAGGUGGAUGGGGUUGGCUGGUUUGCGGAGCAGCAUUCCUAGCACAUCUUCUGACUACUGGGUUUCAACUGGCAUUUGGUUUGCUGUACUUGUAUACUGUGAAGUACCUUAUUAAAAAAAACCAGGACAAGGAUUUCUACGUGAUGGCAACUGCUUGGCUGGGAGCGUUAUGCUUGUGUAUAUCGUUUCUAACCGCCCCCAUGGUUGUCGCAGUUUGUAGAAGGAAAUCAACCCGCCUGGCGGCUGCAUUUGGAGGAAUAAUUACAGCUCUUGCGUGUUUGUUUACUUCUUUUGCUGUGCAGUUCCAUCAAGCACUUCUCAGCUAUGGUUUACUUUUGGGCCUUGGUACUGGAAUUGUAAAGGAAACAUCAGGACUAGUUUUAGGACAUUAUUUCAAAAGAAGAAGAGAAUUUGUAGAAAUGGUGGCACAAACUGGAGUGGGAAUUGGAAUUGCUUUAUUUUCUGUGCUCUAUAAGGAAGCAGUAGGGAAAUUAGGAUGGAGACUUGGACUGCAAUCCAUUACAGGAUUACUGUCGCUAGCAUUUUUUUUACCGAUCGUUUACCGAUCGGCAACUUUAUAUCAUCCUCAAAGACAUGCUAUAACUCAUUUAAAAAAUCAACGUAAAAAGAUGAAAGAAAAGAAAACACACUCUCAAACAAAGAAACCUCCGAUGUUUGAUUUUACACCAUUGAAAAGCCAUGGCUUGAGAAUAUUGAUGAUAGCUUGUGCCUUUGCUGCUCUUGGGAUAUAUGGGCCUAUCUUUUAUCUUGUAUACGAAGGUUAUAAAGAAGGACUUGAAGAUAGUGCGUUAGUUCUUUUACAAACUUUCAUGGGAUUUGCAUCUGCAUUAGGAUGCGUUGGAUUUGGUUUAAUUACCGCGAGACCGAGUUCUCAGUGUCUUAUUUCAAGACAAUACUUGUGCCAAGCAGCUAUGGUAGGAAUCGGGGUCUCGCUUCUAGCACUAAGUGCAGUACAAGGAUACCACGGAUAUGUUUUAUUUGUUUGGUUAUAUGGCACUUGCUUAGGAGGAUAUACUUAUUCGUUAAAAAUGUUUACUUUAGAACGAAUUAGAGGAAGGCAUUUUAACAAGGCGUGGAGUUUUAUCCAGGGCGCUAAAUCUGUACCUAUUCUUCUUGGAGUUCCCAUGACUGGUUACAUAAACCAUUCUUAUCCUAAGGCAGGCUACUAUUUUAGUUUUGUUACCACAAUAUUCGGUGCUAGCUUAAUGUUUUUCGUGGGUACUCGUAAAGAUCACGCCAAUAAUAGUAUUAGUAAUUGCAACAUCAACAACUUAAACGAAUGUGCUUGUAAUUUAGCCGUUAAUUUUAACAAUUGUUAUAUAACAGAUAUUCAGCCGUAUAAAUUUCAUCGUCAAAGUAGUAGUUACUACGAAAAAUUUUUAAACUAUAGUUACAUGGAUGAAGCAGAACACCAAAGACAUUCUCUUAGACGCUCAUUGCAGUCAAUGAAUUGUUAUUUACCUAAAAGUUACAGCUAUGCAGCCAAUAUUGACAGGUCGCCGCAACAGCAGCCAUUGCACUAUUAUGAGUACAUGAAAAUAAGUAACAAUGCAUCGAAAAAAAGUGUUUUGAGACCAAGUAAAAGUGUACCUGAAGGAUUAGCUCAAAGAGAAUACUGCAGUUUUUAUAUGAGAAGACCAACUUUUAGGAACGUCCAAGUUAUUGAACAAAUUACUACUUCCGUAUAAUUCAACGAUUAUAAAACAAUUUAUGUCUUAAUGUUUUAUUAUUGGUCUAUAAUGGCAUAGAUUUCAGUUUGUUAUUGACCAAAUAAUACCCCAGGGGAAUAAAAAUAGUUGCCAUAGUUACGUCAAAAGAAAACGCAAUCGACCGGAAACCAACUAUUAUUUAGUGUAUUGCCUGUUAUGCAGAUACUGCGACAGCGAUAAUUCCAAAAGUCGUAAAAGUCGCGAAAGUCCCAAAAAAAUGUUGAAGCCCCAAAAUGCCCCAAAAGUCUCAAAAAGUCCCGAAAGUCCAAAAAGUCAAAAAAAUCCAAUGAAUCCAAAAAAUGUAAUGAAUCCAAAAAAUCCAAAAAACCGAAGAAAUCCGAAGAACUCGAGGAAUCCAAUAAUUCCAAAAAUCCACAAACUGAAAAACCAAAAAUCUAAAAAUUCCAACAUCCGAAAUAUUUAAAAACCCAAAAAAAUCUGACACACACAAAUGAAUUUAAACUGCAUAAAAGUACUACGGAUUUACAUUUGUGGCUUGUUGGUGCAUUAUUUCCUUUUUUAUGGUAAUUCGCUAUUUAAAUCCGAGCAAUUAAAUUAGUUCUUCUGAAGUAAAUGCAACCAAUAAAAUAAUGUACAAACAUGAUGAUUUUUGUAAAUAUCAAAAACUAAACGGUAAGACAUAAAAUUUUGUAUGUACCAUGGGUAUUAUUUGAAAUUUAUACCCUUGGGCGACUUAUACAUAAAUAACUAUUCUAGUCACUUUAAACGCUUAUUAUAUGAUGUAGAUUAUUAUUAUCUGUAUAUCCAAGUGUAGAAAACAUUUGAUAUAGAAAAAUUGAAUUUCCACAAAUAUCUGAAUACACUGCAGAUAUAUUUUUAAUGUUUAAUCUAAAAGGUACCUAAAUAAAAUGUCGAAAAAUUGGUUAACUAAUUAUUAUAUAAAAGUAUAAAUAUAAUUAUUAUUUGGGGAACAAUUUUGUAGCAUAAUGAAAUUGUAUUUUUUUAUACUACUGCAGUAUCUAUAAUAAAUCACUAGUUAAUAUUUCGACUGAAAGGGACGUACUCAAUGUAGAAAAUACUAAUACUACAGUAAAGUUUGUAGUUUAGUCAUCAUAGACCGCCCAAUAAAUAUUUUACAUAAGUAUAACCUACCUGCUUAAUUAAUUUUCAUUUAGAAUAUCCUGCAUUAGACAUUUCUAAAAACGCCUUAUUCGCGGUAUGUGAAACACUUUUCGAUACUUGAAAAAUAUUUCAUGACUAAAUUAUAGCAAUAAUAACUUAACUAAUCUUAAUAGCUACUGUAUUUUAUAAAACGGGAUCAAAACUGUAAAGAAAACCGCGAAGAUUUCAUUGAAAACUAGAAAUGCAAUAACUUACACAAACUAAACUUUUUUCUCUUUUUUUUAUCCUCGUUUUUUGCUGAUUGAGCAGAUUUUUUUUUCUUAUAGUAAUAACGCUAAUUUCAUAUUUCAUAUAAUCAUUUCAUUAGGGGUCAGUAAAGCAAAACGAUUUUAUUAGUCACAAAUAAAUAAAUGUUCAAGGAUUGAUGAUCAUACAUUAUGUUAUGAUAUUAUCUAACGAAUAUUAAAACAACAUUAUUUUUGUGCUCCAAUCAGUGAUAACAAUUAACAUACUAGUAAACAGAUACAAAUAAUUACAUUUUAGGUAAAAUGUUUCAAAUCUAGAAAAGUACAAAAAUUAGCGGGACUGUCCACUCGAAAUAGCUAAAUAGUGAACAUUGACUUUCUAUUUCCAAAAAUGCUAACUGGAAUCCCCUAAAAACGGAACCACACUGGCAGGUACUUGCCAAGUACCGAGCAAAUGUACAGUAAACUCACUUGACAUACACCUUGUAAAACUUUUAUGACUUAAGCGGCUUAAGCAAAAGCACCCAAAGUCAAACUGGCUAUUGUAAGCUUUAUGGACCCGAACCGCAAGGAUUAUUACUGUCCAUUGUUGGCAUAAUGGAGCUCUAAAGUUUUACUAGGCAUAUGUCAAUUGAGUUAAGUCAAUUUGACUUAGAAAGAUCGUUUGGCUUAAACCGCUUAAAUCAUAAAAGUUUUACUAGGUGUAUGUGACCUGAGUUAAGAUGUAUGUCAAGUGAGUUUACUGUAGUGUGGUUAAGUGACUCGCUACUUACCGAAACCUUAAUGACCGGGGUUCGUCCGAUCCACAGCGUGUCGGUGUUUUGUACCACUCCACAGUGGACGAACAUUCGCAUUUUUUUUAAACUCGGAUUACUCCGAACUCCAUCCAGAUAUUCGCCGCUGUUAGCAAACAUUUUAAAUAAUCCUAUAAUAAUAAUUCGUUAUUAUUGUAACUUAUACAUAGUGUUGCCAGAUUUUAUACUUUCCAAUAAAUGAGGUUCGACACUAACAUAGAUGCAUUCAUGAGAACCGAAAAAAAUAUAUGUGAUUUUCAUUUAAAAACCCUAAUUAGAAUCGGUUUGUAACAGCCUAACAAUUAAACUCGUUUAUUACUCAUGAAUAAAAAAAAUUCAUCAAAGUUAAUCAUGUGAUUAGCUUUGAUGAAUCAAUCAUAUCCAUAAAAGUCAUAAGACUGUCUAAGUAGGAAAUAUCUCCCAAUAAAUCAGCUUUGUCACCUAUAUAGGGUAAUCAGUAAAUGACAGAAAGCUCUAUGGUACGUUCUUAAAAAACCUCUGAAAAACUCGAAAAAAAAAUGGUUAAAAGUUCCUGAACAAAAAUUUUGAAAAUAUUGAACCUCAAAGCUGGGCCAACGCUAUCCUACGUGCCGAAGGGCCAAAAUUUUACCCUAGGUUGGGUAGAGUUUGGCGACAAAUAAUAGCACUCCUUUAAACCAGCUUGUAACGACGCCAAUUCGGUCUAUUAAAAGCUACUCAAAAUCAAUUUGAACAAAAUGUCACGAAAAACUGCGACACUAAGUUUUUUUGCCUUUAUCAUUAGCCGAUUCCUUUUAGCCUAUGGAAUAGUGCAUCUCUAACUCUUCCGUUUCGUGUAUAACUGAGGUCCACCAGUUUUAGCAACAGACAAUUGUUAUAAAAGAAACGUAAUUUUUCUUGCAUGUUUUUCCGAAAAAAUUCGUCAUCCUUUUGACUAAUGUGUACAUACACCAAAAAAUUUUCUCCUGUAAAUACUCCAAACAUACACUGUUCUCUUUUGGUAGCUUUCGAUUGGCCCUAUAUUUGAUAAUAUCAUUCUGUACGUUUGUUAACUGAGAUGAUACCACUGUGACUUGAAAAUAUUUUAAUUUUUAAUUCGCGAGUGUAAGCUAAGGAAGUAUUAUCGAGCUACUGGCUACUUUCACAUUUUCUCGAUGUGUCAUAACCCCUAGAAUAUAAAACACAAACCUCCCGCUUUCGUCUAUCUGUCACUCUGUCUAUCUGCCUAUCCGCCGAAAUUAUCGGAUCGAUUGUUUAUCAUGUAGAUGGUAAAACGCUGACCAAACUUUGAAUAAUAAUGUGAAAUAAAUAAAAACAGACAAUUACAAUUUUUGAUUAAAUUGAAAUGAAUAACUAAAUAAUUAGUAUAACUUUUUUAUUUUUGUAGAUUUUACAAGUACGUCCGGUCAUUAUUUUUCAUUUUA